CUUCUCUCUUCUUUUCUCUCUUCUUCUCCAUUAUCGUACGGUUAAUGUCUCAUCUACCACUACCCUCUUGAUAUUUUGGUUGCUGUCCUUCGUUUAUCAGCAUUCUGCGUUUUUCUUCCGGCUUGAAUCUCAUUCAAUCGGUCGUUCUAAUAUUGUUUAAUAUUCUGGACUUAUAUUAAUACUAUUGAUUGUCGCUACCAGCAGAAAUUCUCUGUUCUCUAUGUUCUCUAUGUGAGCUACUGCUCUCUUCCAGGACCUGUAUAAUAUUACUAGACCAUCUCUCGUAUAAUUUCGCAGGUGACGAAACAUGGAUUCGCCUCAAUAUCAGGAGCUUGGACUUGUGUCGCAGGAACAACAACCGAUCGAUCAAACAGUGCGGGUGACUUGGAAAUUCCUGGCGGGCCUAUCGUCGAACUUGACGCUUGUGGGGUUCCUGGUCAUGCCUUUAGCAUUUGAAGAUGUUAAGGAUGAUUCUCUCGGAGACAAGACCGGCACAGCUGUAGCAGCAUUGGCAUUGAUCGGAAACGCAUACCUUCUGUCGUUCAUCUUAUUUUGCGCCCAGUAUCGUAAGCGUACAUACUUGAUUCAUUCUGUCUUCCUACCUUGUCUAUUCUCCAAUCUCCUCGGACUGCUGAACGUCGUUCUCAAUAUUCUCUGUCGAAAGCUACUCCCGGUCGGUCGCUUGGAAACAGUGGGCAUGGUCCUUGCCUCUAUAUUCGCAGUCGUCUACGCGUUGUGCGCAUUAUGGGCCUAUGGAAGCGACAUCGCCGACGAUAUUCGAGUCGGUGAGGCCGACCGUACAACAAUCCCUUUGACUGAAGAGGAGAUGCAACGACAACAACUCCUCCGGCUUCUCCAAGAAAAUCAAAGUAAAAAGAAAUCGAACGCCAAGGUUACGCAAAAGACUUUCAGGGUUAAAGUUCCAGAACACAUCAAUCCGGGUAAAGGAUGGGAUUCCUUCAUGCCUCCUCCUCGCGAGAACAGUUAUUAUAGAUGAUUGGGUCAGCCUAGAUGCAUAACAAUGAAGCGAGAUGAUGGAGUAAUUUACUGCGAACUAUCUCAGCAGCCCUUCCUUGCCUGGUCGUCGGAUUCAUUUUCAUCACUGCCAAGCGCAUAUCGUGCUAAAAUCUCCAGUCUCCGAUUGUCUGAGUAUAAGAGACUACCUGAGUAUGGCUUACACGAUACUAUACCCAACAAGGCAGAAUUCGAAGGAUCUCCGGAGGCCACGAAUGUGUUGGGAAAACGACGGCCAACCAAUAAUGUCGAAGGUGAUCUACCGAGGAUCUUUAUAAUCUGAUACUUUCUUUCGACUCUGAUCCAGACAUCACAUGCUUUCUGCAGCCAUGCUUACCGCAAUAUAGAAACUUUGUGUGUCUACUACAUUCGUAGCUUAGAAAGAUGCCAAUGUUUGUGAUGCAAGUCUUCCCAAUCGUGUAUACGAGGAUAUGAGAAAAGAAUAGGAUACAAAGGAGAGAAGGAGGG